CUUUUUCUUUUUUUUUCUUAUUGUAAAUAAAUAAUGCAGACUAUACAUAUUCGAUUCAUGCAAGGCAAAGAUGUGACACUUUCUAUAUCCUCACAGCAUACAAUAGCACACAUUAAACGACAAUUAUUAUCUCAAUUGAAUCAAGAAAACAAAGUAGUUCGAUUGAUUUACCGAGGACAGCUACUAAAAGAAGACCAGUGGACACUAUCCGAUUAUAAUAAUAUCCCAACUAGUCAACCUAUAUACAUACAUUGUAUUCUAUCUGAGCCAUGUCAUCAUGAGAUCACGGCCAAUACACCAAGUAUGACACAUAAAAAUAGAGGAUUUGAUAAACUAAGGGAAUUUGGAUACAAUGAAGAAGAGAUCCAUAACAUUCGAAAUCGGUUUCAUCCAUCACAUUCUACACUUGAUUAUGUAGACGAAGAGUCACUUACCUUACAACAUCUUGAACGAGAAGAGGAAUGGCUUCAGACAACAGGCAACAGAAUACCUGAAGAAGGUACCGUCAAGGAAAUGUUUUGUGGGUUACUCUUGGGAUUCUUCUUGGGAGUUUUAAAUUUAUUUUGGUUUAAAGAAACCGUGUUUACAAGGAGACAUCAAAUGGGUAUUCUUGCUGGUAUGCUUAUCAAUGUCUAUUAUGGUAUCACUCAUGUCAUCCAUUAAUCAUGGGCGGACUCGCCCUUAUUUUUCUUGUAAUAAAUUUAAAUAAGCUUUUUUUUUUUCUCU